AUUCAUUUGAAGUGUGAAAAAAAUCAGUUAAGUAGAAAGAAUGUCCAACAUGACAAGCUUUUUCGUUGAGAAUUCUACAAGACCCUCUAUUGGGGAAGUUAAAGCACCAGUUGAUGGCUAUGAUAUAGCCGUGUACGGAAUAGCAGAGGGAACAUUUUAUAACAUUCACGUGCCAGCGCUGAUAUGUAUUUGCAUAAGUUUUAUAUGCGCGUUGACAAUUAUUGGAUAUUCUUUCUAUCAUCAACAUUAUUCAACUUUUUUCCAGUGGACAAAAAGCGAGAGAUUUGUAGUAUACAUGGCACUGUGUGACGCUCUUUUUAACGUUGCACAUUUUACUGACCAUUUGCACAUUGCUGUAACAAAAACAUUACCAAGACCAAAAUCGCUUUGUGCAUUUUAUGGAUUCAUGCUGACUGAGUUCAUAACAGCACAAAAUUUGAUGGUGAAUAUUGUCGCCAUUAAUGUUUUUAUAUUAGUUUUCUACCGUAAGCAUUUAUAUUUUGGAAAAUGCGACUACCGACUGUUGGUCUACAUAUUUGGUGCUCCAGCACUAGGGGGACUCAUUGCAGGUGCCUUUGGACAGCUUGGACCAAAUGGAUCAUUCUGUUAUUUUGAUGGAGUUAAGGGGAAAUGGACGGGUGUUUUCUUCACAACAGUACCACUUUUGCUGGUUUUGGUCAUAAACACGAUUCUUUACAUUUUAAGUUGGUUAAGGAUCUACAAAGAAGCCAAAGAAAUUAAAGAUUCACUCGGAAAGUCCUCUAGAGUUUUAAGAGCUUCACAUAAAGCUGCGAAAACAAUGUCAUUAUUUGUCACAGCAUUCUUUGUUCAAUGGUGGGCAAUGGCGUUAUAUGGCGUUUGGCAGUUGGUUGAUGAUGUUCCAUUUCUUUUAUUCAAUUUUGUGACAACAUUUUCCAACGUGGGUGGUAUUUUGAAUGGAAUAGUUUUUAUCAUCAUAAUGCGUAGAAAACGUGAGAAGGCAGAACCAAGUACUAAAGCCUCCGACGACAAAGUGGGAUCUGGACAUACCGCAACUACACCAAUGCACUCAAUCGUACAUUCAAACGGUCAUUCUGCAAAUGUUGUUUAAAGCAAUAACGACACGGAACAUAUUUUAUUUCUUUUUGAUACCAUUAUUGAAAUAUACUGGAAUUUGUUAUUGCCAUGUAUAAAUAAGAGAACUAAUAAUUCGUGAAUUUUUGUUAUAACUUUGAUUGUGGGUGUGCGCAUUUAUUUGUGUCUGAUAUGAAAGAUAGAUUACAUUUUGAACAUGUAACGACACCUUAUAUAACGGAGUAAUUAUAUACUAUGGUACAUAUAUGCAUUUAAGAGAACGACAAUCAUAUUUUAACAUUUCAAAUGUCAAAUGCACGAAUUGAUAAUGAUUGAUUCAGUAAAUACAAUCGAUUCAGUCUUCAACUAAAAAUGUAAUUUCUGCCUUUAUUUCGGUUUAAAAGUAAGCCACAUCUCCAGAAAGGGAUGCAGGCGUUAAGACACCACAGAAACAUUAAUUGGCCAAUCCGAUAGAUUAGUACUAAAUAAAAACCAUUUUAAAUAUGUAACACGCAACUCAACCUUGUGCAAAACGAAAUUCAGUUAAUAAAGUGCUCCGGGAGCGUACUUAUGUCCCUUAAAGCAUGUAUCGUCAGUCAAAUUGCCUCGUUGUAAAUGCUGGUUAUUGUCGUAUUCGAUUUUAGAUCAUAAAUGAGGAAAGGUGAAUGGAAUAGUUGCUUAGGUGAAUACAGAUUUUCCUUCAAGGUCAAAUUUAUCGCGAGGGUCCAUAAAUGGAGGUGACUCAAUUUUUACUAUUAAGAACCAUUGAUUACUUAGCUUGUUUGUAAGCAGUUAUUCUCUACCAGAGAAAUCCUUAUAGGGAACACGAAUUUUGUUGCACUUUAUCAACUAUGAGAUUUAUACUGCAAUCGUUAUAUUUGAGCAGUCAAAAUGCGUUGUAUAAAUUCAUGUUAUAUACAGUCACUGAACUUAUAAAGCACUAAACCACAAUUACCGCUAUCAUUCGUAUUGAAAGGUUACAGUACAUACUUCCGCGAGGUGGUCACCGUUUCCUACAAAAAAUGAGCCAAAAAUGUUGUUCUUGUUCUUAUUUGUAAAUAAAAUUGUAUAAAUUA